AUGUCCCCUAUCCUCACCCUGCUCAUCACCCUCCUCGCCAUCAUCACUACCACCACAACCGCCCAUCCCACCCCACCCUCCUGCCCCCCAACCAUCGGCCCCAAAGCCGUCCACGCCCGCCUCCCCCCCGCCCUCGACCCAAACUACCCUCACACCAAAUGGCACGCCCCUCCACCAACCUGGUAUCUCAAACCCUGGCACAUGAUCUACGCCUCCAACCCCCAAUACACCGCCUUCCGCAACAUCCAAUACGACCCCAGCGCCCUCGACCCCCACAACCCCACCCUCCUCAACGACCUCUUCUCCUUCCAACUCCCACACAACAACACCAUACACACCACCUACGGCAUCGACACCCUACACCCCGUCUACCCAGGCGUCCUGGCCUACAACGCCACGGGCAUCAUCGCCGGCGCCACGAGCGAGUAUAGUAUCCUGGCUUGGGGCUGCGAUGCCAAUGCCGUCCCAUAUUACGCGUCGUAUUCCACUGCUACGGGGAUGACGCGGACGCCGGCGGGGAUCGAUGUCAUGAGUGUGAGUGCGGCGGGGGUGGAUGGGGAUACGAUGGAGGCGGUUAUGGGGGCACUGGCAGGAUUGGAGAGUCUGGAGGUUGGGCGGUUGGUGGAAGGGUUGGUGAGGAUGGUGGAUGAUGGGGGGAGAGAGGGGUUACCGAGGGUGAGUUUGAGAGAGAGCUUUUUGCGACGAGUAUUGCAAGUCCAAUCGGAAUCUUAUUGGGCUGUUGGGCUGAUGUUUCCCUUCUGGAAACCUGGGUUCCAGUUCAUUUGGUAG